AAGGCACUGUGGUUUCUAAGAUUCUCAAAUGGAGCAUUUUGCAGCUGUUCCUGGACUUCUGUCCAGUUAGAACUUGCAAUAUAUAAAACUCGAGUACUAACACCAUUUCCUGUCUCUAAUUCUGCUUCUCUGAUGGAGCAGGUCACUUUAGCCAGUGGUGCAGCUUUGCCAAAAUGGUUGGAAUUCAACUCCAACACAAACACACUGCAAGGGCUGCCGAUGGCAGGGGAGGGUGGAAUGUACCUGCUCAGCAUCACUGCCUCUGGAAGGAUCCAUGCCCAGGAAACACCAGGCGCUGCUGGAAACUUCACCAUCUAUGUUCAGGACAGCAGUUUAUCUGUGGGCACAGAGGAGAGCUUGAAAUACAUGCCAAACAGCCACCAGUGUGGGAAGGAAGUUGCCAUCACUUCUGCUGAAAUCAUUCUCUCUGCUGGAGCAGAAGCCCUGGAAAUCCAGGAACGCCUGUACCUGGUGUGCACCAUGGCCGAAUAUCUCCACCUAGAGCCCUCCCUGCUGACCCUGAUGCAAUUCCCAGGUCCAACUCCCAGGGGCUCCGAGGGCCUGGCUGUGCUGGCUGAACACACGGAGCACGUGGACUUCACGGGGAACCAUCACGUGGGGCUCUCCUGGCCUGUCAGGUGUGGAGGGUUUGCCGUGCUCCACGAGUUCAUCCAAGUCCUGCAGCACAACAUGGACUCCCAGCACCUCUCCCAGCUGCUGGGGUAUGGAAUUGCAGGCUGGAGAAUCCUUAGGAGAGGUGAUUAUGAAAGAAGGUCUGCAAGACGACAACGUAGAGGAUUAAUGAUCACACCAACACCUACAUUAAAGCCAACUGGAGUUAUCCAGAGAUCAACUGCAGGAGAGGCUUCCAGGCCUCUGGCCUUUACUGUGCCAAGCCCUUUACUCACACAGCUUGUGGCAACACCUACCCAGAGUUCAUCACCUUUCUGUGGAGAAAGUGCAACAAUAGCAAGUUGCAAGAUGCAGAAUAAUAUCCAGCUUGUAAGUCAAGAAAGCUUGGUCACCUUAGGAACGGACUCAGCAUGGGACACACCAACUAACCCACCAGUAUCCACGAUGUUUGCAGACUCUGAUUUUCCAGAUCUUUCACCUUCACUGGUUACUGGAACAAGGUUUCUCUUCACUGAGCUGGAAGUGCUGCCCGCUGGAGCUUCUGGGACGUCCUUGCUGCUGGAGCAGCUGGAGCCUCACCUGCCUGAGACAGACUCCUAUUUCCCUUCUGGUAAAUCAGAAGUAUCCACAUACCAUCUCCCACAGGACAUCACUUGAGGCACAGACCAGCUUUCCAGACCCAUGGACAUUUGGGUGACAAAGACUCUCCAUGAAUGGCCUCACAGCUCAGCAGAGGCAUUUCCUCCUAAGACCCAUUUUCACGUGUUUUUGCCAGAAGCAACGUCAGUGUCAGCAGUGCCAGAUUGCAGUGACAAGGCAAAAAGCCACUUCCUAGAAAUUCAAAUGCUUUCUAGCGCAUCCCUCUCUCCAGAAACACUCAGUCCUGAAGCCUCAGGCAGCUUUCCUGUCACAUUAGCCAGCACUGUCCCUAGUGUUUCAUCCAGUGGCACGAAGGAAUUGCACACAGACAAAGAUGUGGAAACAAGAGGGAUUUUGCCAAAUGUCACCAAACCUCCCCUGGAGUCACACAAAACCUCAGACAUCCAGCCAGAUGCUGUAGAAGCACCUCUGGUGACUUUAUUUAAUGCCACUUCUCACCCGCCCAGCAGCACACCAGGUAUGUUUGAGAUUUGACUUUCUAUUUGUCUUCUUUCCUGCCCUGAGUCCCCAACAG